AUGCCAGCAAACAACCCUAUUCAAGCCAAGACUCAGGCAUGGAAACGACACUGGCCUCCAGUAGCAUCAGAUGGAGACAUUCAUCUUCAGGACCUACAAGAUGUUGCUACCGAUGGUAUGCCAGAUGGUGGAGGCAGAUCAGAAAUUCACUGUGCAGGUAUGGCUGGUGGAGCCAAUCCAGAAGAUCACCGUGAGCAGGCUCUCGUGAACAACAUGGUCGAGGGCAGCGAGGAUGGAUAUGACGGAGAUAAAGAAGGUGCCAAUUGA